AUGUCCGCGAGGCGCAACCUCCUCGCACGGCUCAUUCGUGCUAUCGGUCCGGAGUCCGCCUCAAACGAACUCCGGUGGAUGCAGCAGGCAUGCGCGCGUACGGAUGACAAGAAGCUCGAGGAUAUGGUGGCCCGCCGCGAGGGCGGUGAGCCGCUGCAGUACAUACUCGGCACACAACCCUUCGGGCCCCUUGAGUUGCUCGUACGCCCGCCCACACUGAUCCCACGGCCAGAGACCGAAGACUGGGCACUGCGCAUCGCUCGCGAGCUAGUACCAACACCGAAGGCGCCUGCGAGGGUCCUGGAUCUUUGUACAGGCUCGGGAUGCAUUCCGCUCUUACUUUGCUCGCUCUGGCCACGAGGCUCGGUGCGCGCUGUCGGCGUGGACAUAUCUUCCAAUGCGCUCGCCCUUGCACGCGACAACGCGCGGGUUGUCGGGAUCAGCGAUGGCCUACAGGCUGCAGACACAGGCAAUUUAUUUCAUCCCCUGGCAGGCGACCUGUCCGACCCUUUGGCACUUGCCAGUACACUACCAAUGAGGCCAUAUACACUCGUGACUGCGAACCCACCAUAUAUUCCGAAGGCAGAGUACGACGGCUUGGACGAUUCCGUGCGGAACUGGGAGGAUCGUAAAGCACUCCUUGGGACAGAUCAUGACGGGCUCGGGAUGUAUCGCAGAAUUACCGAGCUUGUUUGUGCUGAAGGCGUGUUGCAGAAACGUGGAGCGGUGAUUGCUCUCGAGGUUGGCGAAGGACAAGCGGGUGCUGUGCAGGAGAUGAUUGGCUCUUCUGGAGUAUUUCAGGAAGUGCAGAUAUGGAAAGAUCCUUGGAAUAUCGAACGUGUGGUAGUUGGUCGGACAAAGGACUAG